AUGGACCGAAAUGAAGGCGGUGAUGAGGCGACGAUUUAUCCUGCGUACUACCACCGGAGUUGCACCAAAACUCAAAAUCUCACACAAGGGUCCAAAAGUGUUGAGGAUUACUACAAAGAGAUGGAAAUUGCGAUGAUUGACGGAUGUCCAAGAAGAUCUGAAGCAACGAUGGCGAGAUUCUGGCUGGUGGAAAGACAACUCAAGAGAAAAGGCCCAAGUCGAGGGUUUCCCACUUCCAACCCUUCAAGGUGGAGCCAAGGAUCAAGCAAAGGACCUGCCAAUCCUCGAGGGAAGGAGACCACGGUACCUCCAAAAACCAACAAGCCCAUCGCCGAAAUGAACAAAGGCAAGGCACCCGAAUCGUCAUACAAUCGAAAUCGGGAUAUUAAGUGUUUUAAGUGUCUCGGAAGAGGCCACAUAGCAAGCCAAUGCCUAAAUCGAAGGACCAUGGUAUUGCGAGCCGAUGGCGAGAUCGAAACGGAGGAUGAGGAGGAGAAAGAAUCUGAAUCAGCUUCUGAAGUCGAGGAGGACGUGGAACAACCCAUGGAAGGAGAACUACUUGUUGUAAAACGAAGUCUAAGUCUCCAAGGCACGGAGAAUGAUCUCCAACGAGAGAAUAUCUUCCACACUCGGUGCCAACAUUCAAGCCCCUACAAACUACAAUGGCUCAAUGACGGAGGAGAGCUUAAGGUAACAAAGCAAGUACUUGUCUCUUUCAACAUCGGCAAGUAUUCGGAUGAAGUUCUUUGUGACGUCGUACCGAUGCAUGCCGGGCAUUUGCUACUUGGCCGACCGUGGCAGUUUGAUAGACGAGUUCAACACGACGGGUAUGCCAACCGGUAUACAUUCAAAUUCAUGGGAAAGAAUGUGACGUUGGCGCCAUUGACUCCCAAACAAGUGUAUGAAGACCAAAUCAAGCUAAAAAGAAAAAAAGAAAAGAAAACAAAAGAGAGUGACAAGAAAAAUAUCCAAGAAAAAGAAGAAAAAGAAAAGAAAAUAGAGAAAAUGAGUGUUUUUACAAGAGUUAGUGAUGUGAGGAAGGCUUUGGUGAUGAAUCGAACUAUUCUUGUACUUUUGUACAAGGAAGCAUUAAUUUCUACUAACGAUUUACCCGAUACCAUACCCCCUCCUAUUUUGUCUUUGUUGCAGGAUUUCCAAGACGUUUUUUCGGAAGAAACCCCGAGUGGUCUUCCACCACUUCGUGGAAUCGAGCAUCAAAUUGAUUUCAUGCCGGGAGCGAUUAUUCCAAAUCGACCUGCUUACCGAGCCAAUCCGGAGGAGACCAAGGAGUUGCAAAGACAAGUCAAUGAGCUGAUGGAAAAAGGCUACAUUCGCGAGAGCCUAAGUCCCUGUGCUGUUCCCGUAUUAUUGGUACCGAAAAAGGACGGAACAUGGCGCAUGUGCGUGGAUUGCCGAGCCGUUAACAAGAUAACAAUCAAAUACCGUCAUCCCAUUCCUCGCUUAGAUGACAUGUUAGAUGAGCUUAGUGGGGCCAAAGUGUUCUCAAAAAUCGAUUUGAAGAGUGGCUACCACCAAAUUCGGAUGCGAGAAGGAGACGAAUGGAAAACAGCAUUCAAGACCAAGCACGGACUAUACGAAUGGCUGGUUAUGCCUUUUGGCCUUACCAAUGCUCCAAGUACGUUCAUGAGACUAAUGAACCAUGUCUUAAGGCCUUUCAUCGGUAAGUUUUGUGUGGUAUAUUUCGACGAUAUAUUGAUUUACAGCAAAUCUAUGGAAGAACAUGUAAGUCAUCUCAAAUCUGUUUUAGAAGUUUUGCGAAAAGAGACCUUAUAUGCUAAUUUAAAGAAAUGUUCUUUUUGUUCUAACAAAACUGUUUUUCUAGGAUUUGUAGUUAGUGCGGAUGGUCUUGAGGUAGACCAAGAGAAGAUUAAGGCCAUACGAGAUUGGCCAAGGCCUACGAGCGUUACGCAAGUUUGA